ACCCACACCCACACUCACUCAUAUCGAUACUCGCCCACACCUACACUCACAUCCACAUCCCACACACUCACACGGACACCGCAUCCUUGUUAUUAUUUUAAUUUGGAAUUUAUUUUGAAUUAAUUGAAUGUCUUCAAUGGAUUUAUGAGUGGUAUCCUGUUCGUACACAAUUAUUUAUUGAAUGAACAAUCAAAACUGAUAUUGCUUAUUUUAUUGGAAAUAAAUUAAUGAAAAUAAUUACUGACAGUUUCAUCAAAUGAGGUUUCAAUUAUCAAGAAAAUGAAAGAGUGAUGUUUUAUAUAGGUUGUCAUGAAUGUCAUGCUUUAUUAGAUGAAAAUCCUUCAUCAGAUCAAUAUUGUAUUCGUCUUGGUUUUAUUAAUGUUCCAAAUAUCGAUCAAGUCUUGUAA